AUGACAUCAGUCAACCAAGCGCUACCAAAAGACGGCCUGUCCUUCAUCCCCGCUCACACUUGUAUAGUCAUAGAUCCCACCCUUGUCGACGCACAACAACAGCCUACCGAUAGUGAUGAUUAUAGCAGCUCGUACGAUUCUCACCAUCGCGGCAGUGCUAGGAUAAGCAAGAGACCACUUGGUGAUGCCUUCCAACAGGUCCUGUCUAAUCAAACAGUCCGUUCAUCCAGCGCUGAGUCCCCUGUAUACAAAAUGAGCGCUUGCAAAACACAAGGAGUAUUGGAGUCAGAGGAAAUAAGUGACUUGCAAGCGAGUGUCGAGAUUAAUGAAGGAGAAAAGAAACCGGGAAAGAAAAGAAAACCCCUUGUCGCUAAGAAGGUAGAAUGGAAAGAUAUACCUGAUUGGGAUGGGAGAACGGAUUGUCCAUUAUUGGAGGUCAUACCUAGAGAAGUACUUGACAUGUGCUUUGGAUUGAGUGUUAAUGUUGGUCUCACAUUGAGAGACUAUGUUUCACUUGCAGGCGUGUGUACGUUCUUCAGGAGUCAGAUGACAGAUAUGGUAUUUCAGGAGCUGCACAAUUCCAGCGAUCCAAAUCUUCCUGUUCUCUCCAAUGGACCAUCAACAACCAAAUAUGCUCAUCGAAUCUUCACGCAUACUGUUCCGGCUGAUUGGAGAAGACCCAAGCCCGUCCCAGUCUGUUAUCCUGAACCCACACAUUAUGCUCCGAGGGGGACGAGAGAAUCCUGGUCAGAAGCACAAUAUAUCGUUUACAAAGAGGAGCAGUAUAUGUGGAAGUUGGAGUAUCGUGUGGCGCAAAGGAAAGCGCUUAUCAGAAGUCUUCAAAGUCUUAGGCAAGCCAGGCUGCAAAUGAACAAGGCUCAAAAACCAGGUAUACGGGUGGGUACAUAUCAUAGGAAUGUCCUGGGGAGAGUUAGAGGUAGACAAGAUGGUGAAUCACCCGUAGAGAAAGACAAUGAAGGCAACCCCAAGGAAGAGUAUAAUUUGGAGGUUCAAGCUGAAAGAGAAAGAGCUAUACCUGUAGCUGAGGAGGAACUCCCUUCACAUGUGCCUACACACGUAACUGAUGGUAUCAUGACACGGGUCAAAGGAGUGAAAGACAGACGUGGAGAAUGGAAAACACCAGAGUCAGAUAGUGGAGAUGACAUUGAACAUGAAGACAACAUCGUCAUUGACAGCUUCAGAGACGUCAGUACUGGUGAAAUAAUACAUCAGCCAUCCUGGCCUAGUGUAACGAGGGGGGAAGCUGUGCAAGUUGUACAUUCGAGUUAUAUAAUUAAAUCAGAGGCCAUGAGAGAGUUUAAGGUCACAGAAGCAGAAUUGUUAUGCUUGAAACACCUCUUAAUUCCUAACCCAAUGAGCAAGAAGAAUCCUCAACAAGUCUUCUGGCGCUCUGCAGUUGAGGCUCUUGCUUAUAGAUCUCAUGGUGGACCUUUCGGACACUCACAAUUCAUUAAGCGAUCCAACGAAAUGCUUGCCAAGAAUCACAGCACCCGAAAACGUAAGAAGGAGAAAGCUAAAGAAGGAGGAUGGCACGUAGAGAAGAGGAGGAGACAUAUAUUCUUGCCAGGCCAAUGGAAAGCCUUGCAGAAGAGAAGAGGCAAUUCAAGCGCCGAUCCAGAUGAAGAGGAUGAUGAAAUGUACUGUAAAGAAGGAUGUACAUGUCAAGGACAGCUUUUCUAA